AUGAAGGUGACAGAAACUAAUUUCAAAAAUCAAGAAAGUUCUAUAAAGAAGCUAGAAACACAAAUUGGGCAGUUGGCUGAGCAACUGGCUAAUAGAGAUGAAGUAAGGUUUCCUAGUAACAUAAUAGUGAAUCCAAGGGAACAAUGCCAAGCCAUAACCACUAGAAGUGAAGCAGUGGUUUCCAGCCCAAGAAAGAAAAAUGAAGUCACCAAUUCGAAUGAGGAAAGUGAGCUGAAACAAGAAGAUUUUGAAAGUGAAAAAUACACUAUGCUGAAGAGGGGAAAAGAAGAAGAAGAAAACUGCAGUAACAAGCAAGAAAAGAGGGGCAAGAAGCAGAGAUUUGAGCAAGCCUGCAAACCUAUUAAUGAAGAGCAAUUCAAGAGGCUACCAUUUCCAAAGAGAGUACAUGAUCCUAGACAAGAAAAGCAGUUUGAAAGGAAGUUGGAUAUGAAAAAAUUGGUACCACUUACUGAAGAGUGCAGUGCCAUUUUGCAGAGAAAACUGCCUCAAAAGUUGAAGGAUCCAGGGUCAUUCAGCAUACUCUGCUCCAUUGGAAACCACACAGUUGGAAAAGCUUUGUGUGACUUAGGAGCCAGCAUAAAUUUAAUGCCUUUAGCCAUUAUGAAGAAGCUAGGAAUUGAGGAGGUGAAGCCAACUGGGAUUACAUUACAAUUGGCUGACAGAUCAUAUACAUAUCCCUAUGGAGUAGUGGAAGACCUAUUAGUCAAGGUGGACAAAUUUAUAUUCCCUGCAGACUUUGUUAUACUAGAUAUGAAGGUAGAUGCUGAUAUCCCUCUCAUUCUAGGAAGGCCAUUUCUAGCAAUAGGGAGAGCCUUGAUAGAUGUGCAAAAAGGUGAAUUAAUGUUAAGAGUACAAGAAGAGAAAGUCAUUUUUAAUGUAUUUGAGGCCAUCAAACAUCCAAGUGAUGAUAUGAGCUGCAUGAAGAUUGAUGUAAUAGAUGCUGUGAUACCACCUUCCUUGGAAAAAAAUAAUGAAAGUGCAGUCUUGGAAAGCACAUUAGCUAUAGCAAAAUGUAGUAUUCAUGAAGAGCAAGAUGAGGAAGUGAAAGACUGCAUUCUGCAAUUAGAUUCCCUUCCCUGUAUAAACAAGGAAAUAAACCAGCUCAAGGAGGAGUUACAUUAA